AUGACCCUCGAGCUCUCGGCCCGCUCCAGGCCACAGAGACCCGGACGUGAGCCCUCUGCCAGCCGGCACCUCCCGCGGCAGUCAGGGCGCGCAAGGGCUCCUGCAGCCUUGCGAGUCCAGACGCGGGAGGCUCCAGCCGCCGCCGCCGCCGCCGCCGCCGCGGGAGCCGAGCCCAGCGUUCCGGGUUCUCCGGCCCCGCUCCCAAGCCCGGCCCGGCCCCACGCAGCCUCCAGCACCCUGGGUCCCCGGCGCCGCAUCCCUGACGCCCUAGCCCGCAUCUUACCUCCGGCCGCGCGGCUUUGGCCCCGGCCCGACGCGCAGAGAGUCUGGGGUCGCGAGUGGGCGCAGAAGGGCUGA